AACGUAGGGCACCGUGGAAAGGCAAAAAAGAAAGUGAGCGCUCUGCAGCGAACGCCUUUUGCGGAGCGCUUGUUGAGGCAGGCUAGAGUCGCUGCACGGGCCACUGCGCGACUGCGGCUCGCACUCCGCCGCCGCCAUAUUGCUGGGGACGCUCCCUCCUCUCCCGAGCAUCGCGCGCCUUUGGGGAGCUCCCUUCCUCUGGCCACACCCACGAGCAGGCUCCCGUAAUGGCGGCCGUCGUCUCCCCAGUUCGCCGCGGCGGACGCCACUGAGCGGACUCCCCGUCAUGCAAACCGCGCUCUUCUGAAAUCGCGGCCGCGGUCGAGGCUGCCUUGUGCUGUUUUCACGGACGCGAGUCGCGUCUUCUUCAUUUUGUAAUUCAAAGUGGUCGUCGCUGUACUACGUGAAUCGUUGGAGGGGGAAAAAAAAGGGAGCGCGAGAAGAGGCUGCCCUGUGCUGGCCGUGUGCCGUCGAAUAUGGGAGGAGACACGGUGAGCCGGCCGCCGAUGGCUGCGCGGUGACGGCGGUCACCAAGGUGUGCUCUUCGUCACAUCCCUGAGGGAAGUGAGUGUUUGUGUGUGUGUGUGUGUGGGCUUGUGUCCAGUGCCGCGAAGGAAACGCUUUCACAGAGAUCGUCGGUGCCCGUUUCUUUGUGGAAGCGCCUGUAUGCUUGCCAUGGGCUGCGUGUUGCGAGCAGGCCGUCGGCAGGCCGUUUCCUGGGUGCCACUCUUCCUGCUGGUCCUCCGCCUUCAGCAACAUGCGGCGGACGCGCUCAAGAUAGGACUCGUGAUGGGCGUGAACCAACCUCACCGCGUCGUCACGGCCUUUCGUGACGUCAUCGAGUACACCAACCAACGUGCGCCUGGUGACAGAUACAAGAUCACCCCAUUGACAACGAGGGUUUUCGACAAUGACACAUUCAACGUCACCAAUGAUGCGUGCGCCCAGCUGAGCUCAGGCGCGGCGCUGCUCGUGUCCCCGGACGGCGGCACGGUGCUCGACGCCCUGGCUGCCGUGUCGUCGAAGCUGCAGGUGCCGCUGCUGUGUGCGUCGGCUGCGCGCAGCCCGUCAUCCCGCCUGACACGCUUCGGCCUCACGCUUCGACCGCAAGCGCACGGCGCGCUGGCCGCGCUCGUGCACGCUAUGCGAUGGCCGCGACUCUACUACAUCUACGACUCCGCAGAAGGUUUAGACAGGCUGCAAGAGAUACUGGCUGCGCUGCCCGCUGACUACCCACUGGAGGUGCAACACGUGCGGCGAAUACGCGGCGAGAAGGCUGCCUUCGAAUUCCUCCAGGAGCGCGAGAACGAGCAGUGGGACGUGGACAAGUUCGUGCUGCUCGACUGCAGCCUCGAGACGGCACGACGGAUUGUGCAGUACGCGUACGGGAAGCGGAGAGCCUAUUACACCUUCCUCUACGCGCGAUACACGCUGCCCGAUGACUGGAAGGACACCCAAGUGUAUGACUUAAGCAAAGUCAUGGCACUGCGCAUUCUUCACGAUGAUGCCAAUGGCCACCACAGCGCCGUGAGGGCGGCCAGCAGGGACUCGUACUACAGCUCCUCCGAGGGCAUCACGGAAGAAGAGGCCCUGGCGUACGACGCGACACUUGUGGUAAGCGAUACGCUGACGCGACUGUCGCGCGAGAGGCCCGAGGUGGGCAUUGAGCUCUACCAGGACGCCACCUCAGGCCAGAGCUCACAGUGCUACAGCUCGCCGCUCGUGCCCUACAAGCACGGACAGGCCAUCAUUGAGCUCCUGAAAAAGACCUCUGUCAACGGCACCACUGGGCAGAUUAUGUUCGACGAACAAGGUCAGCGUGUCGGCUACACAGUGGACGUUAUGGAACUCACGGCGCGACACAAGAUGCAAAAGAUUGGCUAUUGGUCCCAAGCAACUGGAUUCAUAAAACAGCCCGACCCCAGGGGCUAUCCGCCGACGUGGGCUGAACCUACUGAGAAGAGACUUGUGGUCACGAGCAUACUGGAGCCGCCCUUUCUCAUGUACAAGAACGCCAACGACACCAGUAAUGACGAGGACAACCUGGAAGGCUAUUGCAAAGACCUUAUCAUCAAGCUGAUGCGUGCAAUGGGCCGAGAGUACAGUAUUCAUAUGGUCAAGGACAAUAAAUACGGCGCUCGAGACAAGUCGGCACAGUCCGGAUGGAAUGGCAUGAUUGGUGAGAUCCUGAGAAAGGAAGCUGACAUUGCCGUGGCACCACUGACCAUCACGGCUGAACGAAGCCGCGCCGUGUACUUCAGUGAGCCGUUCAUGAAGUCUGGCCUGGCGGUGCUGGCGCGGCGGCCCGAGGCAGAGUCGCUCAGCGUGUUCAGCUUGUUUAGCUUCUUGCGGCCUCUUUCGUGGGAGGUGUGGCUGUGCCUGCUUUCUGCCUACGUGGCGGUUGCUGUGCUACUGUUCGUCAUCAACCGACUCAACUUGGCUGUGGCUACUCCGCCCAAAGAACCGCCUGGAUCAUGCAGCCACUUGUACAACAGCCUAUGGUAUGCCCUCGGGGCAUUCAUGUCCGAGGAGUGCAACAACUGCAGGCCCAAGUCUGUUGGCAGCCGACUCAUCAGCUUUGGAUGGUGGUUCUUCGUACUGGUCAUGCUAUCAAUGUACACAGCACAACUGUGGGUGAAUCAACCUUUCAAGGCACCUUCUCCUUCAGUGAAGGACGUGAAAGAACUGGCCAUGCAAGAUAAAGUAGAAUAUGGCAUCGUCAGAGAUUCUGCCACCGAACAAUUCUUCCAGCGCACCAAGGACACCUUCUACUCAAGAAUGUGGGACUCGAUGACUUCGUUCAACAACACCAUGACGGCUACAAAUGAAGAAGGCGUAAAGAGAGUCCGCGAGUCCGAGGGCAACUACGCCUUCAUAGUGGACACCAUGAAGAUAAAGUAUGCGACACAGAAGGCGCCCUGUGACCUCAUUCAGAUUGGCGAGCCAUUUCAGCCAUCCGGUUACGGUGUCGUUGUGUCGCACAAGUCACCGCUCAAAAAAAUACUGGACGUCAGUAUAGCCAGGCUACAAGAGGAUGAGGAACUUUACGCUCUGUACAAAAAGUGGUUCGGGAACGAGGAGUGUCAUGAGCCGGAACACAGCGUCACUCCGCUGGAGGUAACCAAGGUGGGCGGUUGGUUCGUCAUUCUGGGUGCUGGACUGAUCAUCGCCGUGGCCGUUGCCGUGGCCGAGGUGUGGUGCAAAUCGCCCGCCAAACCCAAGAAGGAAAAGAAGCCCAAGGAGCCCAAGGAGCCAAAGCCUAAGAAGGAGAAGAAGAAAAAAGAAAAAAAGGACGGCGAGCAGAUCAAGGAAGAAGGCGUCGAAACGCAGCUACUGCAGCCUGGGACGAACCCGAGCGCCUACACGGGAGGCUACAUGGGAGGUGCAGACCUCACCAUCGAGGAGGUGGGCGAAGAGGACGAGGACGACGAGGUGGUUAAGGUUCCCAUCGCCGAUGUGGAGAAUCUGACUGACUCAGCGGAUGACAGCCGCGACAUAACGCGCGAUGUGACGGCAGAUCGCAUCGUUCCUCUGGCAGUGAACCCUCUGGAGAACCAUCCGGAGAUCAAGUCCAUCGACCACAGCCCCGUAGAGUCACCUAAAGGCGGCUACGAAAGCUCCGAAGUCUAGUCUCAUCGAACCAAGUUCGAGGACGAGGUUUUUCCAGUCCUGUCACCGAGGCAGCAGGAUGGGAGCGUUUAACUGUUGGUGUCACGAAAACGAAACACUCGCGGUGCUCAUUUCAUCGUGGCAGCUGCGGUGGUGACCUCAAUGAGUAGCACUGUUCUCCCGUUAGAGAAAACAGUGGGGCAGGCGCCUAGAAAAAUCGCUGCGUCUCGUUGUGCGUUCUCUGCAGGAUGUUCCAUGAUGGUGGCUUUUGUAAGCAUUGUCUCUUUUUUCUUUCAUUUCCAUACUGCUCACCAUUCCUCCUGCAGGGUAACGCUUUGGCAGUCAGAAGAAAACCGCAAAAAUCAACGCCUGGAGAUUUUACACACUGAUUUUUUAGAGAUAAAAUAGAAAAGAGACUUUGAGAUUUAAAACAUUCGCGCUAUGUGCCGCAAGAGGACGCAUGGUUUUAUCCCAGUGGCACAAAAGAUGCAGAGGGCAUUUCUGAAAUCGUCAGCAUUGAAUCUACCGAAAUCGAAUGUUCAUAGAGCGACCAAUGACAUUAUUUCUCUUGCAGAGUGUAGGACACCUGAUUAUCCGCGAGACUGUCGAUCAUUUCUGUUUCGAUAACUUCGCGAGUUAACCAACUCCGGCCAACGAUGCGACAAUCUUGAGAGUCCCUGUUUCUCAAGAUUGCAGCUUUGUGGGGACUAGCGGGGGUCAGUUUAGCACGCCUAAUUAAUUGUGCGCAUCCCAGCAUCCAGACAACAAGAAACAAAACCAUAGAAAAACUACUUAUACACAUACCGGAGCAAAAACAAAGCCUUUGCAUCAAAUGGCCGUUUUUUUGUACUGAUUACUGAAUGAGAUCUAUCAUUAUGCGGGGCAACAAGGAGAGCCGCCGAGCAACGCACACUGCCACUUCUUAAGAUGGUUACAAGCCAAACGUUUCCAUAUCCCAGUAUUGUGCAGUGCACUAGUUUCCCGACGUACAAAAAUACACGCAUCAAGCUUAACAAUUGCACAAUAAGUAUUGCGCAGACAUGAAGACCUCGCUAAUGGCGCUUGUUCCGUUCUUCAAAGAACGUGAGCUUGGGCAUGUUGGCAUUCCGUUCUUCGUGCCGGUUGUGUCAUUCUUAAGUUUAGACUAUGUACCAACUAGCCCAGCAGAAAGUCAUUCAACGCACCAUUAGACAAACGUACUUAGCGUUUCCCUCUGAAACGCUACUUGAGAUUCAACUACGAAAGAGAAACUUCUACCAAGAAAAAAGCCUCACAUUUUUUUACGAGCGUUCUUCCACUGCAUUGCUUACGAAUUAAAGAAUAAUCCUAUUGUGAAGAUUUCCUUUAGCCGAUAGUAGCGAAACUCUAUAUGGGUCGCGUCCUAAAGUAAAACGCCUACUAUGUCUGUAAACUAAACAAGCUUUCCAUAUCCUUAUUUCGCGGAACUGUAAAGAGUAGGAAAAAAGAAUUGUCGUAAAAGAUUAUGCUGAAAGCGCGCGUUUCUGUUUUCCUGGUGGCAAUUCGACAAGCAAACAAUGCAAAAGAGGUGGUUUUUGCUAUGUCACGCCACAUAUGCGAGACUGAAGGCGUUUAGAACAACGAUAAAAACCGGCGAACACAUGGCUCCGGUUGUAUUUCCUUGUACAUUGCUCAAUAAGUUAUCGCAGUGUUCCCACGAUAGCCAAAUUUUGUUGAUUUUGUAAGCUUGUGCCUCAUCCCAUUGCAGCACAUUUCUAAAUAAUUUCAAGCUUUCUUCAAAAGCUGCACCACAGCUGCAACACAAGUAGCUAAAGGUGGGUUGUUUGCUUAAUAUAGACUUGUUCCUUCAAGCCAAAUAAGUCGUACCCAUCUUGAUGGCAGUGAUCACGCAGGAAAAAAGAAAAAAGCUAGCGACCAUCGCACUCGGCGUAGGAGUCCUUUGGGAAUUCUCUAAGGGAUUCGUAAGCGUCGGCCUUCCCUCGAACACUGCUGUCGGGCAUGGCGUCUUCUUUCUAGCGCUGGGCUCAAUGCGCGGAAGAAAAAAGUGACGACGACAAAGCCUCCAUCUGCGUAGUGUACCAAGAUUAUGAAUCACCAACUUGCCCAAUCGUACAUUCAUUCUUGUCCGCAUCUUGAGCGGCCCCUUAAGAGCGCAUGGCGAAACGCAUGUUUGGCAUCAAAUUUUUGCAAAGCCCGGGUAUUCUCGAUGUUUGCAAUUCUCCAAGUCCGCAAUACAUGUUGUCGUAGCAGGGCUUUUAUUCCACCAUAAAUACAACACCGUAGAAUAACGGGCAAAGACGGGACAGCGGUAACCGCUGCUGUUUUUUGCUGUACGCACGCGGAGAUCCGCUGAAAACUAUAUAGUGUAUCACAGCUCCGCCGUAGAAAUAAAAUAAAAUAGCUCAUUCUACAGAGUGACGCUAUGCUGAAGAAACCUGUCGGGUGUUGUAUGCUAGGUAUGUUUUACUCUUUUCUGCAUUGGCAGCUUCAGUCAUUCACAAUACACGCGGUGGAGGCUCCUUCGGGCUACGUGCGUCCACAAACGCUCAGGCGGUCACCUUUUAGUUUGGUCACGUGACGCCUAUGUGUUCCAGAGCACGUUGUCUCCAUUGUUGACAACUAGCAUGUAGCAGCCAUGUCAUGACGUCUCCAGAACGCUACAGACUCGUCGUCGUCACUGAAUGCGAUACCACAUUUUGUUGCAGCCACAUACGACUGCGCGUUAGAGCGCGGUACUACAAAUCUACCGUGCGUUUCCCGUGCACAAAUGUCCUCCGACCGUGAUCGCGUGUGGGGGCUUUCUUCUGGCUGUCACGUCAUCUGGUCGCACUACGGGCCGUUUCCAGUCCUGCUUCUUUUGCUGGGUGGGUCUCGGCCUGAUUGAAGGUGUUCCUCGAACCUCUCAUGAGUAAUAACCAUUGGUCACUUCACGCCGCUUGUGCCGGCUGCCGUCACCACGAGAACACAGCGCACUCUGCUCAACAGUUGCGCCAUCUUUCUUUUCCCUCCGUGUCCCAGCGCUUAGUCACGUGCUGUUUGCUCAAACGGUCGCACGGGGGCGCUGCCUUCCUUGCAGCGUCCGUCGUGGUGCGCGUUCGUGUGGAGUGAUAACGCCACCAUGUUUAGACGUAGAUCCUCAUCGACGUGCGAGUGUGCAUCAUCUGUCAUUGUGCCUCCUCCCCCCCCCCCCCCCC